UUUCCUCUUCCUCCGUUUCAUCUCAACGAAGAAAAUCUAAAAUCCAUGAUCAAAAUCGAAACCCAUGUUUAUUUUGUAUGCGUUUUGAUCGUUAUGUUGUCUUUUCUGGGUUUUGAAUAGGGAUCGUAUCUGGGUUUUAGGUUUUUGAUAUUGGGUUGUGUUUGUUUCUGUGUAUUAAUUGUGUCUGUGUAUUGUUUGGGGUAACGUGUAUCGAAUCCGUUUUCGGCUGAAGAUGGCUGAGAGAGAGGACAUGAAAGACAAUGGGGAGCUUGAGAUGCUGUUGAAUCAGAUCUCUCAAACUCGAGGGUCGUAUCUGAAUCUUCAUCACCGUCAAAAGUUCGUUGUGGGUAGUGAUUCACCAAGUAGCAGGGUUUCUCUGCAAUCACCCUACUCUGCUUCAAGCUCUAUCUCUAAUGGGUUUUCCUCUUCUGAUGAUGGUUCGUCAUUUCCAACCAUGUUUAACGAGGCUAAGUAUGAAGCACCAUGUCACGCUAAUGGAUGCCGGUUGGAUUAUAAACCGCCUGAUUCUUAUUGUAAUAAGAGUGUCAAUGGGAAACUGGCAUCUGAUUAUUUCUUGGAGAAGAAACUGAACGGAAUGAGUAUUACAGAUAAACAAAGAGAUUUUAGCACUCUACUGAGGGGAUUUGAGACCGACCAACACGGCUUUGCGUUUAAUUUUGGUGAUGGGUCUAGGGAUGGCAAUGUACCCUAUAAUGUUGAGAAGUAUGGUUAUGGUUCGUAUGAUGAUUUAAACUAUGGUGAUGAUUUUGGUUGUGAAGGUUUCCAAUCCUAUCCUCACAGGUAUUCUAAAAGUUUGGUUGAUGAUACCAGGUCCAUAAUUGGUGUUGUGCAAGAUGAUCUGUUGUACCCUUAUACUGCUUGUGAUCAGUACAAAGGUUUGUGUUCUGAUGAUUCUUUUUGUUACAGUAACCAGAGAAAUUAUUCAUUGGAGCAGGGAAUGGAAAAUGGAAUUAAUUGGGAUAAUGGGGGAAUUCAAUCAGAGAACACUUCUAGUACUAGGCAUUACCUUGAUUGUGCUCAAGGCACACAGCAUUUUGGAGUGAAUUAUAGGUACAGCAGAGUGGUCGAAGAUACAUCCAGUUCUCUUAGGCUUCCCAAGCUGGCUUCAAAUGUAGACAAGCUACUACCUAUUCAAUCAUUUUUGAGGGACAAGACUACAACAAUGCCAAACCAUAGGGUUCCCAAGUCUCUUAUUUCCAUGGAAAGUGCAAUGGAUUUAGAAACUUGCACUUUUGAGGAUAGUUUUAUUAUACAAGGAAAAAGUUUGGAGAGAAGUUCCUUACAAGAGAUUGAAUUUCCAAACCUGCAAGGGAAAAGCUAUAAGCUAAAUUCUUGUAUCUACAAUGAAGGAAUCAAUGAAACUGGUCAGGGUCUAGGUAGCUACAGUAGUAUGAAACUGAUAUCAGGUCAUCAUUCCUUAGCUGAGUUCCAAGGAUGUAUGUAUUCCUUGGCCAAGGAUCAAAAAGGCUGUCGGUUCUUGCAGAGGAUGUUCAAGGAAGGAAUAACCAGUCUAAAUUUGCAAAUAGUAUUCAAUGGGAUCAUUGAUCAUGCUGUUGAACUUAUGCUGGAUCCAUUUGGCAAUUACCUGAUGCAGAAAUUGUUGGAAGUGUGUAGCGAAGAACAAAGAAUGCAAAUUGUGGUCAUGGUGACCAAAGAACCUGGUCAGCUUGUCAGGAUUUCCUUAAACACAUAUGGUACGCGAGUGAUACAGAAGUUGAUAGAGACUCUCAAGUGUAGGCAAGAGAUUUCACUGGUCAAGUCAGGCCUUAAAUCUGGUAUUCUUGAUCUUAUCAAGGAUCUCAAUGGAAUUCAUGUGCUACAGCGUUGCUUGCAAUGCCUUAGCAAGGAAGAUAAUGAGUUCAUUUUUGAUGCUGCUGCAAAAUUUUGUGUUGAUAUUGCAACUCAUCGGCAUGGAUGUUGUGUGUUGAACCGAUGCAUUGAUUAUUCAACUGGGCAACAUCGAGAUAAGCUGAUCAAUCAAAUAUUGAGAAAUGGGCUUCUUCUUGCUCAAGAUCCUUUUGGAAACUAUGUUGUUCAGCACAUUAUGGACCUACAAAUCUCUGCUGCAUGUCUCAACUUGCUUUGCCAGUUUAAGGGGCAUUACGUGCAAUUUUCAAUGCAGAAAUUUAGCAGUCAUGUUGUUGAGAAAUGCCUCAAGAUUUUGCCAGUCAGUCGAUCACAAAUCAUCACUGAGUUGCUCUUAGUACCUAACUUUGAACAAUUGCUUCAAGAUCCAUUUGCCAACUAUGUCAUUCAGUCUGCUCUAGUAGUUGCCAAGGGUACGCUUCGUGCUUCUCUGAUUGAAGCAAUCCGACCACAUACUACCUUGCAGACAAGCCCUUAUGCCAAGAGGAUUUUCACACGGAAAGUGUUGAAAUGAUGUUGUCUAUACCACUAGUGUUGUUCAGUACCAAUUAGUGGUCUUAUCUAUGUUGCUUUCACUAGAAAUAGAAAGUAAACGAGUCUGAUUCUGCUCAACUUCAGCCCCAGUUGAUGCCGAAGGAUGUAAAGGAACUUUUAGCCUGGUGUUGUCUUGUUACAACUUUUGUUGUCUAAAUUUAUCAUGUCUGGUUCGAGGUAAAUGAAAAUAAUCUUUUCCA